CUGUGUUGGUUCGAUUGAGCAGCCGUGCUUAUAUUUUUUAAAUUGCCGGCCAAUAUGUCGGUGAACGUCGAUGGAGCAACAUAAUAUAGAAUAAUAUAUAUAUAUUUAUAUAGAUAUAUAUUACUAUUACACAUACGCACCAUGGCUUCGUCAUCAUACAAGAGCAAAACGGUGCAGCUGAUAAGAUGCUUCUGCGGCUGUUCGGAUAUGAGCGUUGAGGAAGUGCGUCGCAUUUACACGCUCACAAAUAGCAUGCAUCAAACGCUGCUUGAUCCGCAGGCUGCAAAACUCUUUCGACGCUACCUGGAAACGCACCGAUUGGGCGACAAAGGCGAAACGGAAGAGUACCUGGAUAUCUAUGAGAAAUGCGCUGAGUUCUUACAGGAGGAGCAACGGACAUUUACAUUAGAUCAUAUAGAUGAGCUGCGGGAUCUGGGCCUGUCCAAUCACCACGAGCGCGAUUUGAUGCGGCGCACACGCGGCGGCCAGGAUUCCGACAUAAAGAGUGGUCUCAAUCGCAUUCAAGGCGAUUGUCUCAACGAAAUUGAAGCGAGGAGCGACUUCAAGGAAUUUCGAAGCGCAAUUCUAAAAAAAAUGCAGAGAAUAUCUGACUAAUCCAUAGGCGUUGAUUGCUGAUCAAUGCCAAAGCACAGGUGCUGCCUUAUGCCUUAAUAUUUUUGAAUAUAAUACUAAAUGUAAACAAAUUGAAAUGUUUAAAUGAACCACACUCUGCCUCAGCCGGAGCCCCAAUUAGAGCCCAGCGAAGCACAUUAGUCACAUUCAUUAGCAACGCAUCCGUGAGACGGUUAGCAGUCAUAGCAUAGUUAAAUUUUAUCUACUUUUUAAGCGUUCCUCACCAAUGUAUUCUUACAAUUACUUUUAGUUACGUCAAUGUUCUGUAUGUACUUUCACACAUUUACAAACGUCCAAUAUACGCAAAGAAUA